AUGGACAGUGAGAGAGGCGUAGAAGGUAUCUCGACCAGGGGUGCCAUUCGCCCCACCAGAGUGACUGGCGUAGCAGGGCCUUCUUGUCGGGAUGCCGAUGCUUCCGCCGUUGUGAAGCGAGCGUCCAAGCCUUCUUCACUUGUUGACAUCGGUACCAUGAAUCUUGAGCGCUUGAAAAGUGAAAAACGAGAUAAUCUCGCUUUCGUAAACAUCGAAUACGGGCACAUUGUGCGCUACGGAGAUGUUAACCUCACCUUCUCGUACGGCAGAAAUAACAACGCCGUUGCGAAUUACGUAGUCUGGAGCUUUGACCAGGGGUGGUGGGAGGUGGACUACCGGUGGGAAGUGGUGGAGAGCCGAGGAGUGCCGUGGGAGGACGCUGUGAAGGCGGUUUCGAAUGGGUCGACGGUGGUUUUUAGGGUUGACUUGGCGGCGAGGCUGAAGUUUUGGGAAGGGAUGUGGUAUUCGAAGAAGAAGGGUGUGAGGAUCGGUGCUGACGUGGAGGUUGAUGGAACGGGUCUCAAGGUGAAGAAAAAGGAUAUUAGGCUCAACUCGGCUGCUUCUCAGCGUAGGGUUGGGAUUUAUGUACUGUUUAUGAGCCUUUUAGAUGCGUGGAAAUGUUUGUGCUUCUGA